GCAAUAGCAAAUAGGUUUCCUUGAAUCGGAUCGUACAACACUUUUACUUCUGCCCCAAAUCUUUAACUCUCCUUCCUUCCUUCGUGCUCUGUUGCGGUUGUAGGGCUUCUCCGUCACCGUAACAAUCCGCCGUAUUACACCAUCAUCAUCAUCGGAGAUAGGUUUUUGAGUUUCACUAUCCGCUGAGCAGAGUGUUUGUGUACGUACAUCACUUGGAGAGGUCUAGGGUUUUGAUGCGUUUGUGAACAAGGAGGUUCAGAGAAAGGUAUUGAUUUUGAGCAGAGUGUUGUGUACGUACAUCAGUUGCCUAGGGCUAGGGUUUUGAUGCGUUGUUUCGGAUUGAGAUUAUUUGAGUAUGGCCAACAACCAUGGAUCCAAGUUUGUCUCUGUCAAUCUGAAUAAAUUGUAUGCGCAGCCUUCUCAUCAUAAUUAUCACUCUCAUACUGGCUCUUAUGGACCACCCGGUGCUGGGGCAAACCGCGCCCGGCCUACUAGUGCAGGAGGAGGAGGUGGGAUGGUUGUUUUAUCUAGAAACCGUCCUUUGCAGAAGGCUGUGCCGAAAUUAUCUGUUCCGCCCCCCUUGAACUUGCCUUCGCUCAGAAAAGAAUAUGAGAAAACUGAUUCAUCGGGUGCAGGGGGAGGGGGGCCAGGUGCUGCUGGUUCAGGGACUGGUUCAAGACCUUCUUCAUCGGGUAUGGGCUGGACUAAACCCGGAAAUAUCGCUUUGCAGGAGAAGGAGGUUGCUAGUGACACUCUGGUUUCGGAGAAUGUGAAUUACUCUGCUGCCAAGGGAAGUGGUGCUUACAUGCCACCUUCAGCUAGGUUCGGUGGCGGAGAUACGCCUUCCGCUAAUCAAUCACAUGUAGAAAAAGCCAUGGUAUUGAGGGGAGAAGACUUUCCUUCUUUACGCGCUGCCUUACCUUCUUCUUCCACCCCUGCGCAAAAACACAAGGAAGGAUCUUUACAACCGGUGAAGAAAUUAGUUAGCGAGGAGUCAUCCAAUGAUUUAAGAGAUGCUUCUCAUUUUCACUCACCAGCUCCUAUGCAAUCAUCCCAUCGAAUGGCAAACGAUGUGAAUGAAAGUCCAAGACCAAACCGUGCACGUUUGGAUCAUGCUCUGAAGCAAGAGGACCCUCUCUCAUUCCUACGGCUGAAUCCAAGGUCUGACUGGGCUGAUGACGAGCGAGAUACAGGCCACCGGUUUGCAGGCAGAGAUCAAGACUUGCCGAAAAGUGAAGUUUAUUGGGAUAGAGAUCUUGACGUGCCUAGAAGCAGCAUAUUGCCUCAAAAACCAUCUAGUAAUAUGUCUGAAAGGAAGGGUGUCACCUCGCAAGUCCUUAAAGCUGAGCCUUACCGAGAAACCAACUCCUGGAGGAGUUCUUCUAUUCACAAAGAAAGACCUACCGGUGCCCAUGCUAUAAGUGAAGGAACUGUGACAAACCAUUUUAGCAACAGUAAUACUCACCAUGGUGUAGUGACAGAAAACCGGGACCCUGCAUUUGUAAGAAGGGAUACUGGGCAAGGGAGACACUGGAAUCACAAUGUCGAAUAUUCUAAGAGCAGAAAUGAAGGUUACCAGAAUUCUACAGGGUCAAAAUCAGUUUUUUCGUUAGGUGGCAAGUCUUCAUUUUCAAAGAGUGAACGGACUUAUUUAGACGAUUCUUUUCAGAAAGACUUCAGUUCAAGCGUUUAUGAUGAAAGAGAUCCGUUGACCGGAAACUUGGUUGGGGUGAUGAAAAGAAAGAAGGGUUUGAUUGAACAGACAGCAUUCCAUGAUCCUGUUAGGGAAUCUUUUGAGGCGGAGCUUGAAAGAGUUCAGAAGAUGCAGGAGAUGGAAAGACAGAGGGUUGUUGAAGAACAAGAAAGAGCGCUGGAAGAAGCAAGAAGAGAAGAUGAAGAGAGACGAAGGGUAAUUUUGGAAGAAGAAGAAAGGCGAAGAAGAAUGGAAGAGGAAGCGAGAGAAGCUGCUUGGAGAGCAGAGCAAGAAAGAUUAGACGCCAUUCAGAAAGCCGAAGAGCAGAAAAUUGCUAGAGAAGAAGAAAAAAGGAGGAUGCUUCUAGAAGAAGAGAGGAGGAAACAAGCUGCCAAACAGAAGCUUCUAGAUUUGGAAGCCAGGAUGGCAAAACGAGGUGCUGAAGUUAGGAAAAGUGGUCCGGAUGAUGAAGUUCCAGUUGGUGGAAAAGACAGUGAUGCCUCAAUGGAUUCAGAUGUUGAUAACUGGGAAGUUAAUCAGAGAAUGGUGGAGAGAAUAACAACUUCAGCAAGUUCAGAUUCAUCUGCAAUGGACCGACCCUUUGAUCAGCCUCAGUUCUCUCGAGAAGCUUUAUCCGUGGAAAGAGGAAAACCCGUAAAUCCAUGGAAAAGAGAAGCAUUUGAAGUUGGAAGCAAUUCAUCCUUUUUACUUAACGAUCAAGAAAACGGUCAUCAUAGUCCUAGGAGAGAAGCACCUAUUGGUGGGAAAUCGUUUCCUAGGAAGGAGUUUUAUGGAGGUGGUUACAUGUCUUCGAGGUCUCCUGAUACGGAUAGAUUUUCUCAUCUUGGAGGUCGAGAUCACAGGUCGAAUUCUUUUGGGGAUGGAGAAUCUUAUGGAAGAAACAGAGAAAUCGAGUCCGAAUUUUAUGACAAUGUUGGUGAGAAUUAUGGUGAAGCUGGCUGGGGGCAAGGGCAUUCUCGUAGUGGCGCACGUUCUUAUUCAGAGCGGUUGUAUAUGAAUGCUGAGUCGGAUAAGCUUUAUUCAUACGGGAGAUCACGGUUUUCUAUAAAACAACCACAUGUUCUCCCCCCUCCCUCAUCAUCAUCAUCUGUUCUGAAAUCUUCAGUGAGAGGGGAGAAUACACUUUCUGCUCCGUCAAGUUCUCUAGAAUCAACUGCAAGAACAGGGAACUACGGUGGUGGUCCUCAGGAUAGUCUUCAACAGUCUGAUCUUCAACAAGAUAUUAUGGCAGGGAACCUGGAGAAAAACGACACAUUAAGGUGCGAUUCGCAGUCAUCUCUCUCGGUUUCAAGUCCACCUAGCUCGCCAAUUCAUCUGUCUCAUGAUGAGCUGGAUGGUUCGUGUGGCUCCGUUACACCAAUUGGAGGUGAACAGAAGGAAGUGGUGAAUGAUGAACCUGGAGAAGUGACAACAAUGGCAGCGUCAAAGUCUGUAUCAACUGAUGAAGAUGAAGAAUGGAAUAUUGAGAAUCAUGGUGAGAUGCAGGAACAAGAAGAGUAUGAUGAAGAUGAUGGUUAUAGUGAAGAAGAUGAAGUGCUUGAAGGACCUGAUGUCAACGGGAAUCUGACACAAGAAUUUGAGAAUUUGCAAAUCGAAGAGAAAAAUACCACUAAUGUAAUGGAAAAUUUUGUUCUGGGAUUUAAUGAAGGCGUUGAAGUUAGAAUUCCAGGUGAUGAAUUUGAGGAAGAUUCAAAACCUGUUGGAAAUUCGGUUGAUGUUGCGGAAGUUUCUGAUGGUGGUGUAGAAAAACAGGCAGCAGUUGAACAUGAACAAACCCAAAAUGCUUUCUCUUCAACUUCUUCUGGCCUCGUGGGAGAUCCAGCAGCAUCUUCGGUUGACGUGUCUUCUUCAUGCCAGUCUACAAUGCCUAUUAAACUCCAGUUUGGGUUAUUUUCUGGCCCAACUCUCAUACCAUCACCAGUUCCUGCCAUACAAAUCGGGUCUAUUCAGAUGCCUCUUCAUUUUCCUCCACCUGCUGCUUUGUCAUUGGGCCAUAUACACCCGUCACAACGACCCCCUCUUUUCCAAUUCGGUCAACUAAACUAUUCAUCUCCUGUGACUCAACAACCGGUAUCUCUUGUUCAACCAAACUUUCACCACACCCAAACCCAUUUUAAUUUGAAUCAGAAUUCAGGAUGUCUUCUUCCUAAUCAGUUAUCUCAAGACAAUUCUAUCAACAUAAAAAACGAAGCUGGUUCAGCUAAUCUCUCGAAUAAUCAAAGUAAUCUUUCCCAUGCUUCUGAUAACAUAAUUGCAUCUAAACCAGUUACACAAACUGAAGAAAAGUGUCAUGGCACAAGUAAUAAUGAUUCUCGGGGUCUUUCUGCUGACAAAAAUGUACCAUUGUUAAAGGCCCCAGGCCCAUCAAAUAGGGGGAAGAGAACUGUGUACCCACCACGAAACUCGGGUCCAAGAUCAUUUCAAGCUUACGAGCCCAUGGGCUCUAACGAAUUUCAGAGGAAACAACGGCGUCCAAUCCAAAGAACCGAGUUUCGUGUCCGUGACAAUAAUAAUAACUCAGGGUUAGAUGACAAGCUAAACAAUAAAGGUAUGGGGACUUCUACAAGAAGUGGGUAUAGGCGCCAAACAGGUUCUACUACAUUAAAGCGUGUUGUACAUGAAGCUGGGAUGAACUCUGAGAAAGAAACCUCAAGAACGAAAACUCAGACAGCCUCUUCUGCUGAAAGCAACCAACAGAGGGACAUUGUUGAAGAAGAUAUUGAUGCACCUUUACAAAGUGGUGUUGUACGUGUGUUUAAGCAACCGGGCAUUGAAUGCUUAAGUGAUGAAGAUGACUUCAUAGAAGUUAGGUCAAAACGACAGAUGCUGAAUGAUCGGCGAGAACAGAGAGAAAAAGAAAUCAAGGCAAAGUCACGUGUUACAAAGCAACCACGAAAGGCUCGUGUAACUUCAACUGGUCAUAAGAAUAAACUUUCUGCAUCAUUGGUUGGUGAAGCAUCUAACAACAACCGAUCUGAUGUUGGCUUGGUGAAAAAAGAACACACUGUUGAUUAUUCAACAAUGGCGUCUCAACCGAUGGCGCCAAUUGGCACUGCUACUGUGGACACUGAUGUUCAGACUGGAAUAAGGUCACAUACUAGCAAGACCCUCCAAAGCGGAUCUGCAUUAUCUGGUGCUGCAGAAGAUCACGGUUCAAAUCCAAAUCUUAUGUUUCAGACUGAAAAUGAGGCUGUUGAAAAUGUUCAAACACCUUUGGAUGACUGGGGUAAUGCACGUUCGGAUCAACAGGUCCCCUUAACUCAGAUACAACUUGAUGAGGCGAUGAAGCCUUUAAGCUUCAGUACGACACAUAUACCAUCCAUUGGCGAUCAUACCACUUUGGUUAAUGAGCCAAUUUUGCCAUCUUCAUCAAUCUUGACAAAGGGGAAAUCCGUUUCAUCCUCUUCAAGCCCAAUCAAUUCUCUGCUUGCUGGUGAAAAAAUUCAGUUUGGGGCAGUUACCUCUCCAACAAUACUUCCUCCGAGUAGCCGCAUUGUUUCACAUGGGAUUGGGGCCCCUGGUGCCUUCCGUUCUGACAUUACUCAAACUACUCAAAAUAUGUCAAAAGCAGAAAAUGAUUGUAAUAUUUUCUUAAAAAAAGACGCGCAUUCUACCGAAGGUUGUGAGGCUGAAGUAGAAAGUGCUGUGGCUGCCAUUGAUACGGAUGAGAUUGUUGGUAAUGGGUUGGCUCGCGUUUCAGUUUCGGGGACAGAAAGUUUUGGAGGUGCAGUUGAGGGUAUUCAAGCAGGAUUGGCUGGAGAUCAACAAUCUGGAAGUCAAUCUAAGCCUGAAGAAUCACUUAGUGUAUCACUGCCUGCUGAUCUAUCUGUUGAAACGCCACCUAUAUCUUUAUGGCCACCGCUACCAAGUCCUCAGGGCUCAUCACCUCAAAUGCUAUCUCAUUACCAUGGUCCCACACCUUCUCACUUCCCCUUCUAUGAUAUGAACCACCCCAUGAUGAGCGCUCCGGUCUUUGCGUUUGGCUCCCCUGAGGAAUCUGGCGGAACCCAGCCUCAAUCUCAAAAGCCCACAGGGUCCGCAGGUUCAAGGCAUAUUGGUCCCUGGCAAAACCAUUCUGGUAUGGACUCGUUUUACGGUCCUCCUGCUGGAUUCACUGGUCCUUUUCUCGGUUCACCUGGAGGUAUUCCUGGUGUCCAGGCUCCACCGCAUAUGGUGGUUUAUAACCAUUAUUCUCCGGUCGGGCAGUUUGGGCAGGUUGGCUUGAGCUUUAUGGGUGCCACAUACAUCCCGUCUGGAAAACAACCUGAUUGGAAACAUGAUCCAACAUCUUCUACUAGAAAUGAAGACGCCAUGAGCUCCAUGAAUAUGGUUUCUGGACCCCGCAACCCACCUAACAUGCAGCAGCCACCCGUCCAGCAGCAUCUUGCCCCUGGUUCCCCGCUAUUGCCCAUGGGUUCGCCUUUGACCAUGUUUGAUGUACCCCCGUUCCAGACUGCACCGGAUAUGUCGGUUCAAGCACGGUGGUCUCACGUACCAGCAUCAUCGCUUCAUGCGGUUCCUAUGCCACCACCGUUACAGCAACAGGCAAAAGUCAUGACUGGACCUUCUCAGUUUGGCAGCCAUGGAGGAGGACAUCCUGGUGACCAGUCAACGUUUCCUCCCAAUAGAUUAUCUGAACCUCAAAGAUCAGGCCCCUCGGUGGUGUUUCCGGUUAUUAGGGAUUCUACCAUCACCCAUUUCCCAGACGAGCUUGGGUUGUUAGAGUCAUCCGGGCCAUCCAUUUCUACCACAUCUCCUGUCACCAUAAACCACAACACUUCAGCAACCACCAAGAGCGGAGACGGUGGUGGUGUGGAUUUGAAGAAUCAACAUCAACAGGGUAAGAAUAGUAAUAAUAACAACAAUAAUAAUAAUAAUCAUGGUGGUGGUUAUGGAUAUCAACGAGGUGGUGGUGUGUCUCCAAAGAACAAAUCCAUGUGGUCCCACCGUAGGACAGGAAGAUACAUGGGUGCCGAAAAGGGCUUCCCCUCUUCAACAAAGGUAAAACAGAUUUAUGUGGCGAAACAGCCAACGGGAUCAUCUUCUACAGUGGGAUGAACGCAUGCUGGCUUGGGCUUGAACAACGUGGGAUGUUAAUCGGAGAUUUUUUUUUGUGUUUUUGUUUGAUAGGGGUAUUUAGAUUUAUGACGAUGAUUAUUAGUGUUUUUGGGUGUUUAAUGUAUUGAAGUUUAUGUUCAAGACCCUACCUGUCUGCCUGGAAAUAACAUUCCCUCAAUUUGUGUCUGGUGUGUGUAAAACAUUAAAACCCCAGAAAAGAAAACAUCACAUUAGAAAGUAUUUACU